ACACAGAGUAGACUGAACGAACUUAAAUUUGAUUAGCAGAAUGUCUGCCUAAAGCCAUUAAGUAGAGUGCUUUAAUUCUAUGGAUUUUCACAAAAGUCAUUAAAAGCUAGGCAACAAAAGAUGAAUGACUUUGGAGUCAAGAACAUGGACCAGGUGGCCCCCGUGGCUCACGGUUUUCGAGGGGCACUCAAGCGCCAGCCAGCCUUUGACACCUUUGAUGGUUCUCUGUUUGCUGUCUUCCCCUCUCUCAAUGAAGAGCAAACACUCCAAGAAGUACCAACAGGCUUGGAUUCCAUUUCUCAUGACUCGGCCAGCUGUGAGUUACCCCUGCUCACUCCCUGCAGCAAGGCUGUGAUGAGCCAAGCCUUAAAAGCCACCUUCAGUGGCUUCCAGAAGGAGCAGCGGCGUCUGGGCAUUCCCAAGAACCCCUGGCUGUGGAGCGAGCAGCAGGUGUGUCAGUGGCUGCUCUGGGCCACCAACGAAUUCAGCUUGGUCAACGUCAACCUGCAGCGGUUCGGCAUGAACGGCCAGGUGCUGUGCAACCUGGGCAAGGAGCGCUUUCUGGAGCUGGCACCGGAUUUUGUGGGUGACAUCCUCUGGGAACACCUGGAGCAGAUGAUCAAAGAGAACCAAGAAAAGGUGGAAGAUGAGUUUGAAGAAAACUCACACCUCAACUCGGUCCCUCAUUGGAUCAAUAGCAAUACUCUAGGCUUCAACGUCGAGCAGGCGCCAUAUGGAAUGCAGGCCCAGAACUACCCCAAAGACAGUCUCCUGGACAGCAUGUGCCCGCCAUCUGCCACCCCCAGUGCUCUGGCCUCAGAGCAGGACUUCCAUGUGCUCCCCAAGUCAAGGCUCAACACCGUCAACGUCAGCUACUGCGCUGUUGGCCAGGACUUCCCCGGCAGCAACCUGAAUUUGCUCACCAGCAGUUCUGGGAAACCCAAGGACCACGGCUCCCCUGAGAACGGUACAGACAGCUUCGAGAGCUCCGACUCACUGCUGAGGUCCUGGAACAGCCAGUCGUCCCUGCUGGAUGUGCAGCGGGUGCCUUCCUUCGAGAGCUUCGAGGAUGACUGCAGCCAAUCCCUGUGCCUCAACAAGCCCACCAUGUCCUUCAAGGACUACAUCCAGGAGAGGAGCGACCCGGUGGAGCAGGGCAAACCUGUCAUUCCUGCGGCUGUGCUGGCUGGCUUCACUGGAAGUGGACCGAUCCAACUGUGGCAGUUUCUCCUGGAGUUGCUCUCUGACAAGUCCUGCCAGCCCUUCAUCAGUUGGACAGGGGACGGCUGGGAGUUCAAGCUUGCUGAUCCUGAUGAGGUGGCCCGCCGCUGGGGAAAGCGGAAGAAUAAGCCCAAGAUGAACUACGAGAAGCUGAGCCGGGGCUUGCGCUACUACUACGACAAGAACAUCAUCCACAAGACGUCGGGGAAGCGCUACGUGUACCGCUUCGUGUGCGACCUCCAGAACUUGCUGGGGUUCACGCCCGAGGAACUGCAUGCUAUCCUGGGUGUCCAGCCCGACACGGAGGACUGAGGUCUCUGGGACCGUCCUGAGCCAGCCCCGGGCCCCCGGGGACUGAAUGGGAAGCCCAUCUUGACCCACUGCUCCAAGGACCUCUGGAGGGCGGGAUCGAACCCCCUCCUGGGAACGUCGCCAAAAAGCAGUGGCCUUAUUUCAUCCCAAAUGCUGCCUCUUCGCCAAGGCUGUCUCCUUUGUGAUGGAAAGCGGCCCAGCCUCCAUUCUGCAGAUGGGCAAGUGCGGCUGGCAUGGAAGGAAGAGGCCCAGGAGGCCCCCUGGCUCCCAGCAGCCAGUGCCGCACCGUUCCGGCUGUUUGAGAUUCUCCGGGGAGCAAGCAUAUUGUGGUCGCACAAACAUCUCAACACAUUGGUUUUCCUUUGGCCUUUUCAACCAAAGCCGUCUCUGUUUGCGAGAGGGCCAGGAGGGUGGGAGAGAAGUGAUUGCGGCAUUUCGGAAGUCAGUGUGUAUAUAUUACUGUAUCUUGAAAUUGUCAGAAUCCACUAACAGUUCUAUUUAACAGAAAUUGUAUAUUGUAAUUUAAAGUAAUUAUAUAACUGUAUUUGAAUCAAGAAUGCAGACAUCCAAUAGGUUAUCCUUUUUUUUUUUUUUUUUAAUAGCGCACAGGAACGGCGUUUUAUAAAAAUUUCAUUGGCCCGUGGUAGGCUAAGAGCCAUUGUACUGUGCAUGCUGUUUUCCUUUGACAUACCUGUAAGAAUGAGGCCGAAGGGGUCACCCCUGGUUUUUAUUUUUGUUUUAUUUGUUCUUGUUUUGCCUUGCUUAUUAUCUGGCCAGGACUUUGUACAGUCGGGUUUUUCUUGUUGUUGUUAUUGGUGUUUUUUAUAAGAGACAAUGUUAUUAUCUGGGAGUGUCUGGCCUCUUUGCAUUUUUCCUGAAUUGUUCAGUAAAAGCUAUAGAGCAGUAUUUUUCUUGACAAAUGGCAUAUGUUUUCCACUUCUAUGCAUGCCUUAAGUCAGUUUAUACACAAAUACAUUUUAUUUUUUGUGUAACUGUGUUCCCGGCAGCUCGCCUUCUUCCCCAAGCCAGCCAUUUCCUUCCUGCGCCCCAAGGUAUCCUCUGUGACUACAAUAAGACUAUUUUUGGAAAUAUGUGACUCCUUUUCAGAGAUCAGAAGGGAUUUAUGUAGCAGCUAUUUUUACUGCAAAAGUAAUUCACUGGAACAAAAAAAUUGUAAUUUGUACAAAAGCUUUAUUUUUAUCUCAGCUCUGUGUAAAGUGAAAUUCCUUGUACGGGGUGGGGGCGGGGCCGGGGGGAGGUGUCUGUUCAGCCUUGAACCUUAGUGGAGUGUGUGGCUCCUCCCGUUCUGCUCUGUGGUGGUGUCUUGAACCUUCUAGACCACGUGUUCUUUCUGUUCCAAGUCCUCAGCAAGAUCGUUUUUCUCUCUUGCUUUCUGGGACAUGGAUAUCCAGAAACACACAGAGAGUGAGGGCAAAACUGCGUUGGAGUGGUUCAUACCGGGGAAACAUCCAGAUGCACGUGGACUACUGGUGACUUUGGGAGCAUCCAAGCGCACCAUGGGGCCCUGUAGGGCCUUUAUCUCAUCGUGGUUGAUUUCAAAGUUGGGCAGGCUUCCCCAUUCCUAGCAGGGUGGCCCCAGGUCAGUGAGUGACAUCUGUGAAGAAUCACGUGACGAGACCCCACAGGGACACAGGAUGAGCUGGGUCCUCCUCACCAGGCCUAGGAUGACUUGGCCCGCAUGCCCUGAAAAAAAACUGCAGAACAGUUAAGCACAGGAUGUCUUAUUUAUCCCGGGACAUCUGUUUCUAAUCUAAACACAUGUGACUGGGAACUUGUGGAAAGAAACCCAAGCCGUCAGCUCAGUUCCUGUGGAGUGGGGCCUCGUGAAGGUGCCCAUCCGCACAGGUUUUCAUCAGCGCGGAUGGCAGUUUUAUGUGGGUGAACCAAACUGUUAAGGAUGCUGAAGUCCUUAGAAGCCUUUGGCGUGGUCACAGAUGGCUCUUAAGUAUAAAUUUUUUUGUAAUUUGGCCUCUUGUUUCUCAAAUAAAAGUAUUUGGUUUACAUAAA